CUCUUCCUCUUCAUUCCUCUACAAAAGGGUUGGUCCUCCAUCACUCCUUCAUCAGACACCCGAGCGAGAGACGCCAACAAGGACAGAGCAGAAGAACUUAAACAAGAACUUACAUCUACACUCUUCAGAGACUUCUAAAAGGAUGGGUUCAUCAGGAAUACAGAUCGUGUGUGUGGGUUUGGGACUUCUCGGUCUCAUCGGUGCCAUCGUCACUUGUGUCCUCCCGGCCUGGAAGGUUUCCUCCUUUACGGGACAGAACAUCAUCACUGCACAGUCUCAGCAGGAAGGCCUGUGGAUGGAGUGUGUGGUCCAGAGCACGGGCCAGCAGCAGUGUAAAUCCUAUGACUCACUGCUGGUCCUGAGCUCCGACAUCCAGGCGGCCCGUGCCAUGACCAUCAUUUGCUGCAUGCUGUCGGCGAUCUCCCUGCUGGUGCUGUUCGCCGGCGCCGAGUUCACCACGUGUGUCGAAAACGAGGACAUCAAGCCAAAGAUCUGCAUAGCGGCGGGCGUGGGUCUGCUCCUAGCCGGGCUGCUGCUCAUCAUCCCCGUCAGCUGGACCGCCAACAACAUCGUGCAGAACUUCAACAACCCUCUGGCGAACCCGGCGAACCGCCGAGAGCUCGGUACAUGCAUCUUCAUCGGCUGGGCCGGGGGAGUGAUCCUCCUGCUGGCUGGAGGUCUGUUGUGCUGCUUCAGCUGCCCGAGCUCAGGGGGGUCCGGAGGCACAGCUAAGUACUACAGCAACAGCCACAGCGCCUCGGCUCCGUCUAAAAACUACGUCUAGACACAG